GAAAUAAAAACGGGAGAAACGCGCGUGUGUUGGUGUGAGAGUUGCGGGUUUGAUUCCCGCAGGAUCAAAGCCUCCAGAUGUCACGCUAAUGUACAUUUAUGUAUUUAGGUUAUUUCUGUAUUUAGGUUGCUGACAGAGGCUCCGCUGACUGACAGGCCCGCCGUCCAAUGGGAGCGCGGCUCGGCUCUCCUGCGGGGCUGUGAUUGGUCGGCGCGGUGACAGAGGGGCGGGGCUGUGAGAUUACAGCAGCAUCUCUCUCUCUGCAGAUCCAGCGGACAUCUGGAGCUGCCCUGCCCGGGAAUCAAACCUCCGAGCUCCGAGCACCGACAUCCCGCACCGAGCCUGUCCGGGUUUCGCUGUCUGUUUCCCGGUGAAAACGUCUCCGGGCUACGGUGUUGUUGUCGCGGCUCUCCGGGCUGGAUCUCCGCUGGGAGGCUGCAGCGCUCCGGAGGGACGGACGGACCGUUUCUGCCGGUAAAAACACGGAACUACGAAUAAAACCCGGGAGGGGGGGUGAUGGACUGAAGUGAUCCGACAUCUGAGAGGGUUUUAGGCCCGAUGGAAGCUGCGACACAUCCGGACCCGGUGCGUCUGGAUCCCGGUUCCCACUCCAGUCUGGACUGAGGACUCGUGCUUGUCUCUCGGGAUUUGAAAUAAUUUCUCUUCUUACAGUUUUUCAGUUUUGAUCUUUGCUCUGAUAAACGGUCCUGAUUGAGAGUUUGAGGGUGCAGGCGGAUCCUCCUCCUCCUCCUCCUCAUCCUCCUCCUCCUCCUGCUGGUCUGGAUUAGAGCCCAUCAGGAUCAUGAAUCAUCCCCCCUCUGCUCCUCUAAUCUGGGCUUUACCGAGCUGGAUUUAAAUCUGAGAUCUGAUCUGGAUUACUCUGCUCCUGGAUCUGAUCGGGUCACAUCUGACCCGGUCUGACCCGUCCCUGGUCCUGGUCUUGGAGGGAUCUUGGACUCGGUGCUGGCCCUCUUGGUCCUGGUUUUGGGGAGUUCUGCUGUCACCAUGCCAACGUCCCGGCCUGGUUCGGCUCCGGUGGAGUUCUGGGUGGACGGGUCGAGGCGGGACGGGGCGGUGGAGGAGUUCUACACCCUGAGCUCCGAGCUGGGCAGAGGAGCGACGUCCAUUGUGUAUCGCUGUGAGGAGAAACAGACUCAGAAACCCUACGCUCUCAAAGUCCUCAAGAAAACGAUUGACAAGAAAAUAGUUCGUACAGAGAUCGGCGUCCUGCUGCGUCUGUCGCACCCAAACAUUAUCCAGCUGAAGGAGAUCUUUGAGACGGACACUGACAUCGCUCUGGUGCUGGAGCUGGUGACGGGAGGAGAGCUGUUUGACAGGAUCGUGGAGCGAGGUUACUACAGCGAGCGAGACGCCGCUCACGUCAUCAAACAGAUCCUGGAGGCCGUGGCGUAUCUCCAUGAGAACGGGGUUGUGCAUCGAGACCUCAAACCGGAGAACCUGCUGUACGCCGACCUGUCGCUGGACGCUCCGCUGAAGAUCGCCGACUUCGGUCUGUCCAAAAUCAUCGAUGAUCAGGUGACCAUGAAGACCGUCUGUGGUACACCAGGGUACUGCGCUCCAGAGAUCCUGCGGGGAAAUGCUUACGGCCCUGAGGUGGACAUGUGGUCAGUGGGCGUCAUCCUCUACAUCCUACUCUGUGGGUUCGAGCCCUUCUUUGACCCGAGGGGGGAUCAGUACAUGUACAGCCGCAUCCUCAACUGCGACUAUGAGUUUGUGUCUCCGUGGUGGGACGACGUCUCCCUCAACGCCAAGGAUCUGGUCAGUAAGCUGAUUGUCCUCGACCCUCACAAACGCCUCAGUGUCCGGGAGGCCCUGCAGCACCCCUGGGUGCUGGGCAAAGCUGCACGCUUCUCCCACAUGGACACCGCCCAGAGGAAACUACAGGAGUUCAACGCUCGACGCAAACUUAAGGCUGCCAUGAAGGCCGUCGUAGCCACCAGUCGGAUGCACGAGGGCUCACGGCGUCGCACCGACAGCUGUGAGAUUCCAGGCUCAGGUGCUUCCAGGCAGAGCAGCAUGCAGCAGGACCCGCCUCCUGAGUCGACAAGCCCCAUCCCCGCAGACAAAGAGGCCCUGCCCCCAGGUCAGCAGCAGGAGGACCAAUCAAAGCCCGCCGACCGCAGUGCCGUCCACCCCUCCCCUCCACGCAGCCCCAAACCACCCAGCUCUGACGUCACGCCCACAGGCCCUGCCCCCACCAGACCGCCGCUGCGGGCCGAUGGGCUCCGACAGGCGUCCGUCGUUCCCAAAACAAUGCCGGUCCAACCCCGACUGCCGCAGAAGAGCUGCUCUGUGGUAGAGCCCACCUCCAGGGUCGAGCCCACCUCCAGGGUCGCGGUGGCCACGCCUCCAAGUCCCAACAGCCUCAGCAACGGCUUUACACCGGGGGUGGAGCCUGCAAGUAAGACCGCCCACUGCCAGUGAUCACCUGACCAACAGAGCAGAGACGCUCCACUCUGCUUCGGUUUCUCACAGCCACUUAAAUAUUGAGGUUUAGCCUUCGAUUCUUUACAAACGUCUGACAUCAUUUAUCGGGACCAAACGAAACAAACUAACACGUAACGUCUAGCUUCCAUGUCUGUAGCUUUGCUGCUACGCUAACAUGCUAACAGCUGCAUACUCACUGAGGGUUUGUUUUGGGUGUUUCUGCAGCCUGGACGGCACCUCUGGUUUCCAGUGUGACGGCUGGAGACGAUUCAGGAUCUGAAAAACAAAGAGUGUUUGUCCCACGUCAGGAUUUAACCUUUAUUUAAUCUGCUCUGUUCUCGUUACUGUGGUGAGAAAAAAAACACAGGUAUGUUCAGAUGAUCCCCUUCACAGAUCUUUAUAUGUACAAAUCAUUUCAACAUCAUUAAGAUUUUCCUAGGGACUGUUCUUAAUCUAUCAGAGGAGGGGGUGGCUGGGAUGUUCGUUUGUUUGCUUUAGUUUUUUGUCCCUCUCCAAAGCUACAGAUAUUUUUCCUUGAACUUCCUCUUCGAUGUUUGCAAGUUGAAAGUUGAAGACAAAAUCAUGGAAUUGAAAAAAGCCUCGGAUUUUCACUCUCGUCGUGCAUGCUGGUUAGUAUGUGUAAUAUAAACCGGCCUGUGGGCAGGUUUGGAAGGCAUCUUUUCUUUAAAAUUCAGCGGUAAAUUAAAUAGAAAAUACUCCAAUUUAAAUCUGUAUGCCCCUCCCCUAACCAAAAAUAAAACCAUACGCCCCUUCCUACUGAUUAAAAAGUCAUUUGACAUAUUUACCCAUUUUUGCACAAAACAGCAUCUUCCACAAAAAACAAACUCUUUUUGCCUUUCAUUAAAUACUUUUUAGAUCAGCAAAAUGCUUCUUUUCUAGCUGCGAGCAAAACAUCCUUUUUUCGUCAUUAAUGUUUUUAUGGAUGUGGUGUUAUGUCUCUAACAUUAGAUUUAAUAAUCAGAUUCAGUCUCUUCAUCUGGUCAGUUCGUCUCGUGCCUGGAGAGUUAUGGCGCAAAACAUUUUCUCUUAUAAAAAUAAAAAGUAAUUAUCUAAAGGUUUAAACCAGUCUUUAUCACCUAACGUGUAAUUUAUUGUUAUAAUCUAAUGUCACAAACCACAGACAACAAUGAAAACAGACAUUGACUCUAUUGCUAACCCUCGCUACUUUAGCAUCUCUAAGCUAACAUGCUAGGUCAUACUGUGGGUCAACAAAAGAACUUUCUGGGUUCCUGUGUUGACCUGAAACAUGAUUAAAACACUGUUUCUGCAGCUGUAGAAUAUGCCUGCAUCUAUUUUAUUAAACAUAUUAAAACAAAAGCACUUAAAACAUCAAAAUUAGAAGCUUGUAGAGCGGCUGUGCUAGCACGAGCACAUGCUCUCUGAAGAUGGAUUGAUAAAGUUUUGACUUGUGUGACAGGUUAAUUUGACACUCCGCCUCCUAAUGAUUAAAUCAGACCUCUCAUGAACCAUCACGGUACAGCUGGGUGUGUUUACGUGGUUAUGAAUAACCUGUGUAUUAUCGGGUUACACAUUUAUGUCCUUAAACAUUAAACACCUUAUUGUGUUUAUAAGAAACUGAACAUGUUAGCCGGAGCACUCAGAGAGAAACCAGGAAGUAUACGGGGAUUGUGAAUGACCUGGUUUCUUGUGCUCACAUUAACACCAUAUCUGAACAUGAUCAUAACCAGAAUAAUCCUCAUUAUCAGGUUCUUCAUGUCCAUUUCAUCACACUAGAGGACUUCUUACAGGACUUUCAUUUUGUGCCAUGACAACAUAAUUGUCUACUGUACCAAUUUAUUUCUCCCAACAGUGUGUUGGUUUAUGCGUCAUCGUCCUGCACGCUAAACUCAUGCCCAAAUAUUUUUUAACUCUACAGUUAAUUGACUUUGUUCUGAACAGAGUGUCGUCCUCUACUCCUCACAUCACAGCAAAACGUGUCUCUUGCUGUGUUUGGCUGCUUUUUACCACAGUAACAGUACAAAUGUAUAAAUUAGCAUGUUUGCGACCAAACUGAAGCGUCGAUUCGUACGUUUAUCUGAAUCAUGACGACCACAUUCACACCUGCUGUUACAGGAUAAUUAGGGUGUCUUUCAACCGCAGCUUUAUUCUGAUAAUUGUGUCCAUUCUAAAUACCGUAAAACUUUGAUUAGACGCGCCGCGCUAUUAUUUGCUUAAAUCCCUGAAGUCAACAGGCCUGUGUUUGGGACAGGCCUUUUAUUCGUUUCACACAAAACUGUUGCUCAGCAAAGAUCAGGAAAUACAGUCAAAUGGUUCAUCUGAACCAGUAAGAAUAUUACUUGUUUAAAAAUUAGGCUUCAAAUAACCAAUCAGUCAUGAAUCAUUCAUUCAUUGAUCGAGCUCCGACAGACAGAGUUACAACACUUGUUUUGCAGCACACCAACAUAGCACCACUUUAUCCUGUUAAAACAAUCCUCACAACUUGGAUUCAUCCAUCCAUCCAUCCAUCCAUUUUCA